GUCACACCGUCACCGGUGUGCCUCGAGAGGUUCAAGUUUAAAACAUGGAAAGUCAAGACCCUGCUGUUGUUGAGGCAGUAAAGGCAUCAGGCGAGUCCACCCUGGAAAAGGCCACAGCAAAAGCUAAAGAAACAUUUGACCAGUUAAUGAAUGUCUCACUUAACAUUGCUGUGACUGGAAGAACAGGAUCUGGGAAAUCCACCUUCAUAAAUGCACUUAGAGGUCUGAACAAAGAUGUGAAUGAUGAUGAUGAUGAUGAUGAUGAUGAUGACGAUAAUGAUGAUGAUCAUGAAGAUGAUGGAGCAGCACUUACUGGAGUCACAGAAACUACAAUGGAGCCCACCAUGUAUGAGCAUCCUGCAGUGCCAAAUGUGAAAAUCUGGGACCUGCCUGGAAUAGGAAGUUCAAACUUCAAAGCAAAACAUUACCUUAAAGAUGUCAGACUUGACACCUAUGAUUUCUUCAUUAUAAUUAGCUCAGAGAGGUUCAUGGAGAAUGAUGUUAUGUUGGUUAAAGAGAUAAAAACACAGAAGAAAAACUUUUACUUUGUUCGUUCCAAGAUUGACAAUGACAUCAGAGCAGAGAAAAAUAAAUUAAAAAGUAAAAAAAGGUUUAAGGAGAAUAAAAUCCUUGACAAAAUAAGAGAGGACUGUAAGAAAAACUUGAAAGAGCUGGGAGAUCCCAAAGUUUUCUUGAUAUCAUCUUUUGAAUUGGAGAAAUAUGAUUUUGAAAGACUUCAAAACACUCUGGAAGAAGAGCUUCCAGAACACAAGAGAUCUGCUCUUCUACAAGCCUGGCCAGUGUGCUCUGCUGAGUCUCUCGAGAAGAAUAUCAAGAUGUUUCAAGGGAUGAUCUGGGCUGCAUCUCUCGCCUCUGCUGGUAUAGCAGUCGUCCCUGUGCCUGGACUAUCAGCAGCAUGCGAUGCAAGCAUGGUUAUGCUUUUCCUCACAAGGUGCUACUAUGCAUUUGGUUUGGAUGAAAGGUCACUGACAAGGCUUUCAGAAAAAGUGAACAAGCCCCACCUGAAAGGUCUAGCCAAAUCAAAGUUUGUUACUGCUAUUAAAGAAAGCACUUUGACCAGAAUGCAAGUCUCUAGUACACUUGCUUCUACUGAGUUUUUGUUGAGUCUCGUUCCAGGUGUAGGCAGUGCUGCUGCUGCAGGAAUAUCCUUCAGUACUACUGAGUACCUACUAAGAAAAGGAUUAAAUGAACUGGCAGAUAUUGCUCAAAAAAUCACAAAAGAAGCUGGUCUUGUAAAAAUGUAAUAACUCCUAAAACAGUGGUUCUUAAUCCUGGUCCUGGGGUUCGUUGUUUUUUUUACAUGAAUGCAAUUUCCACUUCUGUUGGUUUCAAGUAAACGCUCAAAAUCCAGUAUUUGGGUAACACUUUACAAUAGUUCACUAACACUUUGAUACACUUUAGUACAUUAACUAACAAUAACUAAUGGAACCUUAUUGUAAAAUGUUGCAAUUAUUUGUUAUUAAAGCAUA